AUGGAGGACUUUUUCCGGCAGCUGUCCGACAUCUCGGACACGGUCACACUGAUCGACGACCAGGUCAGCGCGAUCGGCGCUGCGCACGCCAACUCGCUCGACCAAGCCGACGAGGCGUCCGCGCACAUGGCCGAGCAGGAGGUGACACACCUACAGUCGCUCGCGCGCUCGCUUCUGAGCGCGUGCAAGGCCAAGCUACUUGGCAUGUUCCGCGCGGCGCAGCUCCUCCCGCUCUCGUCGCCGGACCGCGCGACACAGCUCGCGCAAAUCGCGGCGGCCAAGGAGCGCCUCAAGGGCGUCCUGCAGCGCUACUACGAGCUCGAGCAGUCCUUCCGUGCAAAGUACCGUGCCCGCGCAGAGCGCAAGUACCGCAGCGUCGACCCGACCGCGACGCCUGAGGAGCUGUCGGCUGUGCUCAAUGACGACGACAAUGGCCAGGCGUUCUUCCAGCAGGCCAUGCGCAGCUGCACCCGCCCUGGCGAGGCGCGCACCGCCCUGCGCGAGGUCCAGGAGCGCCACGAGGACAUCCGCAAGAUCGAGCGCACCCUCGCCGAGCUCGCCGCGCUCUUCAAUGACAUUGACAUCCUCCUCACAGAGCAUGGUGACGAGGUCUCCGCCAUCUUCCACACCACCGAGGUCUCCAAAGAGGCCAUGAAGGAGGCAGAGAGCUACCUCGCUCAGGGUGCCGAGCACGCCCGCCGCGCCAGGCGCAGGCGCUGCUGCAUCCUCGGCAUCGUCCUUGCGCUC